AUGGAAGAGCGUGCUGAAGCCCCACCAGAGAUCUUGAAUGUUGUAAAGUACUUGCGUUCCAGUGCUUCGGGUAUCAAACUUCGAGGCGGAAUCUAUAAUGGAAAACGAGUGGAAUAUUUUAAAGGUAAAUCUGCUGUGAAGGCACUACUAAAAGACUCGUAUACAAAAUUAAAAAAUGUCCCAAAAGUCACAAGUUCUGAGGAAGCCGCAAAACUGUUACAAGACAUUCUUCCAUACGUACUAUUCCUGCGAGUCGAACGUUCAAACAACGAUUCAUCACAACGUAAUGCCCCGAAACUUUUAACAAUUUGUCACACACAAAUGUUUGCUGAGGAUCAAUAUUACGUUUGGAUCUACGAAGGAUCACAAUUGUGGACAAUACUCGGCGGGAUCGGGUUAAUAGCAAUCGUGUUUGCGGGGGUGAUGUUUCCGCUCUGGCCAGCGAUUCUUCGUGAUAUUGUAUGGUAUUUGGCGGUAGCAGUGCUUAUUUUAUUUGGUAUUUUGAUGAUUAUAGCGGUGAUAAGGCUGAUCUUUUUCAUUAUCACAAUGGUGGUUUUGCCGCGUGGGAUUUGGAUCUUUCCGAAUUUGUUUGAGGACGUCGGGUUUGUGGAUAGCUUUAUACCGUUGUGGGCUUGGGAUGUGCCGAAAAAGAAAGAAAAGGUAGUGGCUGAUGAUGAAGAGGACGAUAACAAUGCUAGUGGCUCUAAUAAAGAAAAUGGCAUCACUGGAAGCAAUAAUAAUAAUGAGAUUAAAAACAGAAAUCUUCAGACUACAGUUCAAGAUGAAUACAAUGAAGAUGAUGAGAAGACUGAAGAUGAAAAGAAGGAUGACUGA